AUGAUGAAUCCCUCAAAUCUCAUCCAUCCCUCUAAGCCUUUUGUCUCUCCUCUGCAUUCCACUCCUCGCGUCAGGACCAAUUUUACCGAGAACAUUGCCAUCGAAGGUCGCAACCUCAGCUUCUCGGUUGGGACAAGGCAAGGUAAAACCAUACCCAUUCUUAAAGAUUGCUCUCUUCACAUUCCUUCGGGGCAGUUUUGGAUGCUUCUUGGACCCAAUGGUUGCGGGAAAUCUACCCUUUUGAAGAUUUUGGCUGGUCUGUUGAAUCCAACAGAUGGAACUGUGCAUGUGAAGAGGCCUAGGAGUUUUGUUUUUCAAAAUCCCGACCAUCAGGUAGUGAUGCCUACAGUAGAAGCAGAUGUGGCAUUUGGCCUUGGUAAGUUCAACCUAACCCCUGAUGUAGUCAAAUGUAGAGUAUCAAAAGCUUUGGAUGCUGUCAGUAUGUUGAACUACAUGCAGAGGUCAGUUCAGACUCUCAGUGGUGGCCAGAAGCAAAGAGUUGCCAUUGCUGGUGCUUUAGCUGAAGCAUGUAAAGUUCUGUUGUUGGAUGAGCUUACGACAUUUUUGGAUGAAAAUGAUCAGAUUGGGGUGAUCAGGGCAGUUAGGAAUUCUGUGGAUAGUUCUAGAGAAGUUACUGCAUUAUGGGUCACCCAUCGUCUCGAGGAACUUGAGUAUGCAGAUGGUGCUGUCUAUAUGGAAGAUGGGAGAGUUGUAAUGCAUGGCAAUGCAACAGACAUUAUGAAUUUCAUUACAACCAGGCAAUCAGCUUAUAUAAAGGAAAUCAAUUAUUGA